AUGCUGUGCCCCGCGCGGUGUUCGUGCUUCCUAUGUCGUGAACUGCAAUCUUGCCGCGCCGCUGACGGCAGAAAACCAACCGCGAAACAUAACAUGUGCGAUAACUUCAUACUAAAGAAAGCCGAGGCCUGGGAGCCUAUGAAAUUUAUACGAGGAGCUGCAAGGCUAUCUGUCAGGCAUUGGCAGAGCAGGGAGCCUCUGACAUCUGCCAAAACAAGAACCACGACGCAUAAAUCCACUAGCUGUGAGCAGCUGUACCCACAUCCUUCAGAGGAGGAGGUGGGAUCUUACGGGAUGCGUCGAGCUCCGAGUACGGAUCGAGUGAAACCACACACUGAACAUAAGGCGAUCUUUAAAAUACUUGGCAACGCUCGGUCCAAAAAAAUUAACAACAGUGAUAUAUCAGAGUCAAAAGUACGCCGUAGUGUUUUGAACUUUAGAAAGAAUGAAGCUGCUGUUUCCAAGAAUGUUCAUGAAAAGUACAUUCCUUUGCCGCAGGUGUCGUCGCCAGUGGAACAUAUAUACAGUGAACCUAAACAAUCCCCAAGGAACUCACAGCCAUCACAGUUUGAUGAAUGUUGUCGGCCUCCUGUAUACCAGAGCGUGGAAAAGAGGAAAGAAGAACUUAGCAGAAGUGCUGCAGAUAAGAAGCUAUACAAUAACCGUCUUCCUUGUUACGAAGAAUUAACACAAAGACUUUCUCAGGAGAAGACCAAAAAAUUAAAUUUACCGUUAAAUGAAGGUGGUCUAGCGAACAAAAUCACGCAAAACAAUAACAAGGUUGUAAUUUAUUUUGGUGAUUCCAUUAUUCGUAAACAUAAUGAACAGAGAAAAGAAGAAUGUAAACAAAAAGAGGAUUCUAAAGAAGAAGUAAUAUAUGCCAAUCGGCUCUUGGAUGAAACUGGGAACUUAGGGUUAAGUAAGGAAGUAGACAAAGGGGGAGGUACGCACAUGGUUUCUGAGAUUCAGGUUCCAGAAGCUAUAUACUCCGAGAUCAAGGCUGAUGACAUUAAAAAUGCUUCCGAUAUCGUAACGAUUAAUGAUGCAACAUAUAAAAAAGAAGUAUUUGAGACUGUGAGCUCCGAUGGCUUCCUAGUGGUGGAGUUUGAGGGGAAUUUCGAGCGCGCUCUUCAGUUGGUGGAUUUAGUGCAUGGAGGGAGUGGAAUGGAUCAUCAUGAAGCAACUGUGCUGGACGAAGACGAACAAUGCGACUGGAGUUUCGUUCAAGACUGGAGGAAGCGGCCAUCGAGCGGGUGCCGGCCCUCCGAGGAGGGGUGGUGCGGCGGAGUGUCGGGUGUGUCCGGCGCGCGAGCGCUGCGUGUGCGCGUGUCCGGCGGCGCUGCGCCUGCGCACGCCCGUCGCCUCUCGCCUCCGCCUCACGCGCACAGAGCAACCACGCCGCCUAGACCCACAUCGCCUACCACCAAACCAAACCUCGAGGAAACCCCACAGCCACCAGCGGAAGGCCCCAGCUGUGCUCAGCUGAAGGCAGUGAGCGCAGUAUCACAGCUCACGGUAGCUAGUGCGCCCGUGAGGAGUGCGCCCGCGCAGAACAGCUACGCGCUCGAACGACGCCCACCUAAACAAGAUCAUCAUCAUCGGCCGGUGGAGACCGCGCCCCCUGUACAGAAUGGUGUCCGGGAAUGCAACAGCAGCUCCGACGAGAACAGAUCUUCGGGUCACGCCUCCAUGUCAGACAGCGGGGGUGGCGGCGAGGCGGGGCGAGAGGAGCCCAGGCGGUCUCGACAACCGCCUCACGCUAGAACUAAACAUAGACCCCAUAACAAGUUGCAGUCCCCUUGGCCUGGAGGUGGUGGACUGGAAGACAUCAGAUCGGCCAUCAAGCAGUUGACCUUGAGGUCCCGAGACAGCAGUAGCACCGCCACUAGUGGAGCGUCAAGCGCUGGCGGUGGCAGUAACAAUGGCGCACCAGAAAAUGGCAGUGCAGCUGAGGCUCGCAGGAGACGAGCUCCGUUGGUGAGACAACCAUCUCUGGACACCGUCUGCACAAAUGUUACCAGUGCUGACGAGUUCGUAUGGGUUGAUUCUCAUAACAGAUUAGUGGAACUUCGCUGCGUACCGUGGACAGCUAGUGAAGUAACCAGAGCUCUGCAAGCAGGAAGGUGCCGCGACAUUGCACCUAGAAUGGCACCAGACACACCUUCGAGACUGGCUUAUCUUUUACAAAGGGCACUCGUAAGAAUUUCGCGAGAAGCACAACGACUGUCCCUAAACUUCGGUUUCUGCUCAAAACAUGAAGUAGCUGGAGCUUUCAGAAUAGUCUUGAGUACGCCACUUGCAGAUGCCUGUAUCAAGGGUUGCCAGCGAGCAGCAACGAUGUAUGCAACAUCAGGAAGUGCAGCACGGCGGUUGGGAUCAGCAGCGCGAGCUCGAACCAGUCUCGCCCCCGGACGAUUCCAGAGGUGGAUGCUAGAUGUUCGCGUCGCCUCUUUUGUACAUGAAUAUGCAGCUAUCUACCUGUGCGCUGGCAUGGAGACUCUCCUAGAGGAGAUAGCGCUGAUCGCCAGUAACAGUGCUUCCAGCGUGUCUAUCACUCCCGCGUUAGUCGACCAUGCCGUCGCAAACUGUGCUGAUCUUUGGGGACUGCUUCAACCGUACAGUCAUUUAAAUGCUGGAAGAGUUGCAUCAGGAGCAUUAUCACUGUCUCGUUGGGAAUCCAUGAGUUCUUUGGGAUCAGGGUCAUCUUCAGGAGUAUCAAGACCUGAGCAUAGGCAGUUGGGACUCAGUCACGAUUCUGGAAUCACUACAAAUGGUUCGGGUGGUUCGGGCACCUCAGCAGAAUCAAACAACAGUUCAGGAGGCUCCACAGCAUCGGUUCUGCUGACAACCUGCGCUGGUUCAGCGACGGAACUAAGAGCUGUCCUACGAAGGGUACAUCCACGAUUGCCACCACUGUCACCAUCCGCGGAACGUGCCUUAUAUUAUUUUAUGAGGUGUUCACAGUUGGAACACUCAACUACGAGUGGGGGUAGUUGUGGUGGUGCUGGAUUAUGGGGAGAGCGAGGUGCUGGAGCCCUACCUCCGCUAGGGGAGUGGGUGCGAGUCAUUCGAGCUCACGCGACACUUCGGCCUCCUCCUGCAGUCCCUGAUGCAGACGACGUCAUGCAAGCGGCUCGGUUACUCCUACCACACGCUGACUGCCCUCCAAGGCCUAUUACAUCGGAAGAAGCAAUAGAACCAGUAUGGUCCCGGUGCACUCGAACACCAGACGAACUCUCCAGAGCUGCUGUUGGCGUAGCCCAACGGGCUAUGCUUAGUGGACGUGCGGAGUUAGUUGGAGGAGUGAGGUCCUUGAUGCCGUCCGCUGGUAUAGAUGCUAGCGAUGCUUCUGGGCUCACGGCGCUCAUGAAGGCGGCACUCGCCGGGGAUGAACAAAUUGUUGCGAUGCUGUUAGAAGCAGGCGCAGACCCUAAUAUAGAGACAGGUGGUUCAAGUGCGGCGCACUGCGCUCUACCGUUGUCUCCACGUUCACCUUCAACACCUCAGAACACCCCCGCUUAUACACCACCCACUGCAGGGUGGACAGCCUUGGUUUACGCUUGCAGCGGUGCUGGCGGUGGCGUCGGAGCAACUGGAGCGGUGGAAUGUGCUCGUCGUCUGCUCGUAGCUGGUGCCCGAGUGGACGGAGCGCCGGCACGGGGAGAUGAUGUGUGCACGCUAACUCCUCUACAGGUGGCGUGUGGUGUAGGGAACUUAGAGCUGGUUCAGUUACUGUUGGCUCAUGGCGCUGAUCCGUUCCUUUCUACGCAACUCAAUGAUGCGCUGUGCUACUCAGUGGCUGCUCAGUACGGCUGUUACAGUGCGGUAGCGGUGUGCUGCACGCACGGGAGACGCGCGUGCUUGCGUGCGGCGGUGCGGGGAGGAGCGCGGGGCGGCGCGGGCGCGGUGCUGUCGCUGGAGGAGGUGCUGGCCGAGGGCGCCGCCGCGCCGCCCGCCCGCGCGCCCACCUUCACCAAGCAGCAGCAGAGGGCGCUGCAGGACGCCAUGUAUUGUGCCGCCGAGACUGAUCACUUAGAUAUCACACUAGAGCUGCACACGCUUGGAGUACCGUGGUCACUGCACGCGUGGACUCUGUCUCUUGCUGCAGCAGCAGAUGCAGCCCUCGAUGACGUCAUUGAUCAACUGUUACAAGACUUUUUACAGGUGUGCCCGUCUGAUGAUAGCCACUACAGUAAACAGUUCAUUUACGAGUGCCUCCCCCUGCUGUUUAAUAUUUUACGAUACAGCAAGAAGGAAGGCACAGUGUUGCUGCUAGCGGACAUCCUGUGCGCGUGCUACGGGCGCGAGCGCGUGCCCCCCGUGGCGCAGCCGCCGCCGCCUCAGGCGCCGCCCCCCGCGCGCGUCGACCCCUCCUACGUCAAUAACCCCUCGCUCGCUGACGUCACCUUCAGGGUGGAAGGACGAUUGUUCUACGGCCACAAGAUAGUUCUAGUGUCCGAAUCGCCGCGAAUGCGAGCCAUGCUGGCGCCACCCAGGUCGUCAAACGAAGCGCUGCCACCAGCGAAUGCUACGCCACCACUUGUCCAAAUCAACGAUAUCCGGUAUCAUAUAUUUGAACAAGUGAUGAAGUACUUGUAUUCCGGUGGCUGCACUGGACUUGACAUUCCCGAGACUGAUGUAUUAGAGGUACUCGCAGCAGCCUCGUUCUUCCAGCUCUUGCCGCUGCAGAGGCACUGCGAAGCGCGAGCAGCCAAGUCAGUGGAUUUACAUAAUCUGGUCUCAGUUUAUAUUCAUGCCAAGGUAUACGGUGCUACUCAACUGCUGGAAUAUUGUCAAGGAUUCUUACUUCAAAAUAUGGUAGCUUUACUCACAUAUGAUGAUUCUGUAAAGAGGUUGCUGUUCGGAAAGCGGCUCCCCGGUCAUAAUGUUUUAGGUGCUCUCUUAGUUACGUUACAAAAAAGAAUCGAAGCAAGAAAAAGCCAAACUAAAAAUAGAUAA